AUGGCUAAUCACCAUUGGAAACUCCUAGCUGCAAUUCUUCUCAUGAUGGCAUCAUCAUCGACAACGAUGACGUCAGCCGCAAGAAAUCUUGACUCGAAAUCGACCCUCUUGGCGCGCCUCAAGUUAAACGAAGAGGGCUCGAAAACGUGUUUGGAUGCUCUAUUGGAGCUCAAAUCAUGCAGUGGCGAAGUGGUGCUAUUCUUUCUUAAUGGAGAGACGAGUCUCGGUCCGAACUGCUGCAGCGCGAUACGAACGAUCGAGCAUCAGUGCUGGCCUUCGAUGAUGGGAACCCUAGGCAUCACCGCCGAAGAAGGGGAUAUUCUUAGAGGCUACUGUGAUGCGGCUGAGCACGGCGGCUCCACCACCACCACUACAGCCACCCCUCCUCCGUCGGCGGUGGCGGCUGUGCACCAGUGCUACAACCUCCCACGCUUAGUCCCGGCGGCACGGAAUUAG